AUGGUUCUUUUUCGCCCCUAUGACAGCACCGGUGAACCAUGUUUCUUCGAGGUAUACGGCAGCAGCGCACGGCUGGCGUUUAGCCGGUAUUUCGUUGUGGCGCAUGUGGACGGCUUCCUUUACGUUCUGGACAAAUACUUUUGCAUUUUUCGCCUUGUGCCAUCUAGAGUAAAGCGUAGCUGUAGUAGUCUGACCGAUCAAGCACGACGCAGCGGCUCGGCAGGGCCGGGGCCACCGAUUAGUGGAAUUUCCCCUUCGGAAGCAAUCCGAAAUGGGGAGCAGGGAGAUGGCCGGCCGCUUGUUGCAGAACAGCAGCACACAGGGGUUUGCAGCUACCAGAUGGCCACGGAGGAAGACCAUCUUGAAGGAAACCAGCUACUCGUGCCAUAUGACCAGCGGCAGCUGCAGGGGCUUCGACAGAAGAGCCUUCUCCUGAGCAACCAUCACGAUGGGUGCCUGUAUCUUUUUCUCAAGAAGUUCCUAUUGCGCGUUUCAUUGCGAGGCGCGGUCACCGUGGUGGGAGACUUACUUGAGCUGGCACUGGCUGCUGCUAGUCGUCUACGUGUAAGUGGCUCGCUGGGAUCCGCUUAUGGAGGAACCGCCACAUCCGCUUCUUCACAUCUUUUGCGGGACGAUGACGGCACUGGGCGCCAGGGUGAUAUCGCCCCUCUCCGCCGAAUAUGCAGCGUUGGGCAACUUUGCCGCGAGUUGGCCCAUGACGAGGACGCUUCCUCCAAUUGUUCUGAUGCUACUGCACGGGAGCAUGCUAGCAGUACGCCUAAUUUUGAGAAUGCAGCUGAAGAGGAACAAGAGCGAGGAUCUCCUGGUUCGGGGCGUACUAGCACACAAGAGUGGGAGUACCUGAGAAGCAUGCACGAUUGGGCUCGUAUUCCAACAGAGCAGUACCCAGAUAGCUUAUUUGCAUCCGGACGUCUGCAAGAAUUUAUCGCAUCUCGAGGAGAAAACUGGGAAGUCAAUAACUGCUGCAUUGAUGGCGAAGGCCGCUGCUUCUUUACAGUAGCUCGUAGCAAGGCCAUGUCUCCUGUUGAGGAAAGAGGAAUGGUUUUCUGUUUGGACACUAAAGGCCCUGUUGCCCGUGCCGUGGUUUUGCGCUUUGGUAGAGGAAUUACCCAGAGUGAAGUCCUCAGCCUAUCACUAGCUGCCCACCCAAAUAGCGGAUGCAUCCUUAUGGUUGCAAAGAGCGCUGCAAAAGUGCGCACUGGUCUAAUUAGUCCGGCGAUUUCCCCACAUUUGUCAUUAGCUACAGAUUGCCAUCAACCUCUAGGAAAUGCCGUCGCAACGGCCAUAUCUGGCGGAUUGAACAGUCCCGAAGUUGGCGCAGGGAUGAGCAGGGCGAGCUCUGCCUGUGCAGUUGGUGAAGCAGGGACACUCGCAGCUCUGGCGAGACUCUCUACCACGCAGUAUUCCAACGGAGUCCCAUCUGCCGGCGAGACAACGGUGACAGGCCAAGGAAGUGAGAGUGCGAUUCAGCGUAGCAGGGACAAUACAAUAAUACAAGCGGGUACAGGGGAUGAUGCUGCAGAUUAUCCGAUUCAGGGCGGCAUGCGGGAUCAAGCGAGACAUAGGGCAAGCACGAAUCGUUCCGUCGGGAACCUCCAGCCGCCGAACUACCCUACGGCUCCGCGUGAAGAGGCACGCAGCGCACACCGCGAAGGGCAGCAAGCUCUUGACGAAGAGCGGAACGAAUUAGUAGCUGAAGAGCACAGCAGUUGGUGGUUUUGUCCCUGCGAUGACGACCCAAGUUUCUUUUACCCUGUUUCUGAGUGUUUUGAUGAUGACGCAAUUCAUGGGGCAGCUCAAUCCAUUUGCCGCCAGUUUCGAGGGAGUGCAAGCAGCAGUGUGUGCCGCGCUUACUUUGAGGAUAAUAGUGGAAGCGCGCUUCGGGAAGCAAAAGCGGCCGCGGCAGCUGCGCGCACUGCAGAACUUACGAUUGCUGCUACAAUACAGGCAGAGGAGCAGCGCGACUGGGGUCUGGGACUGAAGUGCUCGUCCACACUUUCUGUAGCGAGUGCAAAAAGGGAAUCCUGUAAAGGAGGAAACUCUGCGCGAACUGCUGCACUCAAGGCUCUCAGGGAAGCUGACCUCGCGACAUCCCGGGCUGAGUGCACAGAAAGCAGUGGAUACAUUCUGUGGCAGCCGGGUGUCAAAGUUCGGCGACCAAAAACGGGUGAAGAAGCUAUUAAUUUCGGGUCUGCAAUGCUCUUCCGUGCCCGCACCACUUUCAGGAGAGAAACCGCUCCAAGGUGGAUAACUGGCAAAUCACCGUCUCUGCAACUGCCAUGUGCUUCCGAUUUUAUCACCGGCGAGCUGGUAGCCGUUAUCAGUCAAGAUGCCCGGCAUUUGGAGGUGCGUGACGCCUUGCCGUCUCCUCUAGGCUUGAUUGUUGUUCCUGCGGAGGCGGCAAAUCGCAUUGUCAAGCAACAACCGGAUGGCGUUUCGGGUCGUAUGACAAGUCGCAGCAACAUUUCGCUCACAUCAUUUUUGGCGUCAUUUAUUGCGGGUAGCUCCUCAGGAGCGCCUGAAAGGGAAGACCUAGGUGGUGUAACAACCCCUACUGGGCAAGGAAGCGUUGAAGAUGCCAGACGAUUUGCAGCUGAGAGCCAGGUGGCUGAACCUCCUCUGGCUGGAGCCACAACUUCAGUUGCUUACACUAAUGCAAUGCAGGACAACGCUCCUAGAAGGCCUGUACCGGCAGUCAACAUUGUUUUUCUUGUUGAUACCUUGAGAGUGUGUCGGCUUGCGGAAGCGAAACCGACACAGGGGAGCUUGGACCAGAGCAGUUUACCGCCAAUGCGCAAUCAACGCCUGCUCGGCUUAGCCGAUGCAGCUUCCGGUGCGGCAUGUGACAAUCUCACGCAUGAAUCCUCCCAGAGCUGGAAGGAAGAGAAAAAACGUGAGCAGCAGUCUGCGGGGGGCUUGCCGAUUAGUGAUACACUGACACAGUCGCCUUCGGAUUGCAAGGGAAGCAGUUCAUGCUCGUGCGGAAAAGCCAGCGCUUCCUUAGGAGACCUUCCCACUCCCGUUCUGCACUCACACUUCGCGGAUGUGACGCUGCUUUGCGCCGAUGGCUACGAGGUAUCAUCUCACAGAGCAUUGUUGGCGGCGCGAUGCUCAUUUUUUGAGGCUAAACUGACACGACCACAUUGGGAGGCCCGAGAAGCUGACAAAGUUGUGAUCGACUUGCGUGGCUUCGCGGGCUCCGUCGUGCAGACAACUGUGCGGUUUUUUGAGACAGGAUAUUUCGUCAUCCCUUCGUCGUGCUGCUGUCCCCAUUGUUGCGUCGAGCGACGAAGUAACCGUAAUGAGCAGUACCAGGCUCCGCAGCAAAGAGGCCUUCCGCCUUAUGAGUCUCACUGCUGCUGCAAGGUAGACUGGGUCUUGCAGGCCUACACCUUUGCUGCAUAUUGCCUUCUUCAAGAUCUUAAGAAUGAGCUAUUGGCUGUCUUGGCUCGUCUGACUUCGCAGCGGACGUGCCUGCACGUGCUCACACACCCAGCAGUACGUAACCAGCGGCGCAUAUUGCAGCUUGCUGCCCAUCAGCUCGUUUAUCACAUGCCUAUGCCGAAUUUGCUCCUUGAGGUUGACAGCUGCCGAGACUGGCGGUUGCCUCCAGCUGACAACAGUUCAUCAAAAUCGCAAGAGAAAUCACCUCCAGGCGGAGGGAGGACUCAACGACAGAAAAGAAGGAAACAUUUGUUAACCCAACUGUUAAGUGAAGGGGUCUACGAUGUGGUGAUCAAGGCUCUCAGUGCUUGGGUCUUAGAUACCCAGGAGAACAUAGUAUUACUAGCGAAGCUGCACUUCUUGAGGAAUUGUGACACGCUUUCGCCCCGUCUGCGUCCUCGCCAGCUGUUAGUGUUGUUGGCCCUUAGGCUUCUUCAGGAGAGUGUCACUGCGCCUCUGUCUGCGAGGAGUGUCUGCCGGGGACCGCCAAACAGCCCAUACAACGUCUCUAGAAAAUCCAGAACGUCUAGCCCGACAGAGAGCCAUUCAGGUCCAGAAAGCACGAUGCCUACGUGGGAACGCCCCGACAAGAUAUCUCUUGUAGUCCCUUUGCGUGAUUCGCACGCCGCACUGCGCUACUUCUUAUUUAGAGACGUUGUGCUUCUUUGGGCCAAAGUACUCGAUGUCCCCGAAGAAGAAGCCAAAAUCGUGGCUCACGAAGUGGAGUAUUCGUGCCUUCCAUAA